UGGGCGGCGCCUGAGCAAUGAGGUAAUCGGGGUAAACAGUAAAGAUGGCGACGUCUGUAGCCGGAGAGGGGCAACAAAGUCUAAAUUGGAUUAUUUCUGACCAUCAAACUAAAAAACUGACCGACCUGCCGACCGAGUUACUCGAACACAUCCUUUGCUUCCCUGUCCUCAAACAUCUCGACAUUUGUAACGUUUCCUGCUGCUGCAAGCGGCUACACGACGUCUGCCAUGGAAGGGGGAAGGUCUGGGGACACCAGUACAAACUCAGAUGGCCAAGACUGCAGAGGUUUUACCGUCAGAAUGAGUGCUGUGACUGGCUCAGAGAAUACAAAACACGCCAUCGAGUUGGUAUACAAAUACGAGGGACAGUGGAAUCAAUCUCAAAGAGAUUCUUCACAGAAGUCCCCUGCGUUGGCCAGGUGCUGGGAGACAGCUUUGCAGAGAUCGAGUCACUUGGGAUGCCAGAGCACUUCUGUGAAGAUGAGCUCCUCUUCAUACUCAACUCUGACAAGAGGAAAAGCUUGACCUUGAAGUACUAUGCAAAGAAAAUCCUUUACUUCCUGAGACAACAGAACAUCCUGAGGAGUUUGAAGACCUUCCUGGAGCAGCCUGCAGAGCAGCAGUCAGCUUUAGAGGGUGCUAUACUGGUGGAUCAGUAUUGUAACCCACUGGCUGAUAUAACACUGAACAACAUAUCAGCCCAGCUGGAUGAGAUUGCAGAGAAAGUGAAGAAGAUGCUCAGAAUCAAGAAUCCCUCUCACCCCAGCCUGCGUAUCACUCAAGGUGACUGUUUUGUCGUAGAGGACUUAGAGCUCCAGAGGCAGGUGGUGUGUGCCCUAAACUCUGUAUUGUAUGAGCAGCUUCAGUACAAAGGCAAUGAGUUUGACUUCUACAACCCUCUCAACUCGUACAUCCACCAGGUGCUACUACGCCGUACAGGUAUUCCCAUAAGCCUCUCUGUCCUCUACAUGACAUUAGCCCGGAAUUUGGGGGUUCAGGUGGAACCGGUCAACUUUCCCAAUCACUUCCUUCUGCGCUGGUGCCAAAAACAAAGAGGGAGUGAGGACAUCUAUGACUAUGUCUACAUUGAUGCCUUUGGUAAAGGCAAACAGCUGACAGCCAAGGAGUGUGAGUACCUCAUUGGCCACCAGGUGACGGCAGAUUACUACAGUGCCAUCAGCACCACCGAGGUGCUGCUCAGGAUGGUGGGAAACCUGCUUAACAUCGGUAAAAGAGGGGAGGGCAAUGAGAAAUCCUACCAGCUGCUGAGAGACUCUCUGGACCUCUACCUCACUAUUAACCCAGAUAAUGUGCAGUACCUGCUGCUGCAGGCACGCCUCUACUUCCACCUGGGCAUCUGGCCAGAAAAGGUGCUAGACAUCCUGCAGCACAUUCAGGCAUUGGAUCCCUCCCAGCACGGGGCAGUGGGUUACCUCGUACAGCACACGCUGGAGCACAUCCAGCACAAGAAGCAUCCUGUUACACCUGAGGUGAAGAAGCGCAGCGUUUCUGAACACCUGGAGGUCCAGUAUUCGGUCGGCCUCAUCAUGAAACACAAAAGGUCAGGAUAUAACUGUGUGAUCUACGGCUGGGACCCAAAGUGCACCAUGAGUCAGGAGUGGAUCACCACCAUGAGGGUCCACCAGCUGUCCAAUGGGGCCAACCAGCCGUUCUACAACGUCCUCGUACAGGACGGAACAUGUCGCUAUGCAGCGCAGGAGAACCUGGAGCCCCACUCGGCCCCCCUGGAGAUCGGCCACCCAGAGGUGGGACGUUACUUCUCAGAGUUUGCCGACACCCACUAUUUUGCCAACGAAGAACUGCAGACACGAUACCCAAAGGACAUGGUUGAAACGUUGUGUACAGUGCAGGAGCUUUACCACAGACUGACACCUGGUACUGGGAACCAGGACCAGGCUCUUGCCACAGACCAAAACAACCACCGAGCCAUGCCCAUGUAGCAAAGUUGCUGUGUCCAACUACCUGCUGAAUGGGGCUAACCAAUUACUGGUCACCCAUUCUCAAUUUACAAUCCACUUAUAGCUGUUGCUUUGUUGCACAUACUCAAGACCAGGACAUGUGUAAUGGAGAGGUUUACAGCCAGUAUACAGUAUUUUCAGAAACUGAGGAUUUGGUGUAACAAGAAAUGAUUCACAAUAGUUUUAUACCACAUUCAGGUUACCGUGCAGGAAUGGAAAUAUUUAUUUGAACAUUUCCAUGUCUGGAAAAGUGUUAAAAGAGACCACAAAGUCUUGAAACAUUGUAUAUACUGUUUUGAUCCCCGCAUCUAAAUACUACAGUCUACAGUGAAAACAAAGACUAUAAAGGGAUAUGGCCUAGUUUAGGGUCAUUAUCCAGGAUACAAGAUCCUCAAAUCCAGUCACGAAGAAAAAGGAAAGAGGCAUGGAAACCCAAAAUAGCGCCAAAGUAGACACCUUGAGGAAAAGGGAUGUAGACUUGAAGUACACAGUUAAGUGGAUGAGUAAGUUCAGGAUGGGUAUCCCAGGUACUGUAAAUCUUCUUCUACCUAGAACCAAGGAAUGCUCCUUUACCCAGAGCUCCCUGCACCCAACACCAGUCAAAUAUAAGCCCCCAGCAUUUAGUCCAAGCCCUAAGUUACAGUGCCACACAAAAGACUAUAAAGAAGAUACUUUGUAAAUGAACUUCUACUUUUAAUUCCCCAUCUUUUAUCACUUUCAUGCACUUAACGAAAGUUUAACUUUCAAAUUUGUAGAUCACCUUGUUUGUUUCCCUGUAUAUUUACAAGUCAAACAUGUAGGAUGUCAUGACUCAUCAAUGUUGUUGAGGUGUUAAUGGAAAAACAAAAGAAGAAUCAGUAUGGACACCACUGACUUGAAACAGAAAUGACACUGAGCUUUGAGGAAACUACAAAAAAAUAAAGCGGUUCAAGUUUU